AUGGAUCCAUCAGCUGGCAGAUGCGCAGCACCACCACCACCAUACACAGGAUCAAAUAACAACUCCUUCAACGACAAAAAGUUACCUCCAAUCCAACAGCAAAAUGCACCACCCUUCUUGUCAUCACCAUCAUCAUCAUUGCAACCACCACCAUCCCACACAAAACUGGCCUGCUUGUCUCUACAUAUGUCAGAUCGCAUCCGCCUGCUCAACUUCCACCCGCUCAACUUCCACCCAGAACACAUCCGCAUCAUCACCGAUGUAGUCCGCGCAAAUGCCGUCAAGGGCGUGCAAGACGUACGCUUGUACGAUCAAUCCACAGAAAUAAAGCUAGCCGGCUACCCAUGGAUAAGCGGCGGUUAUAGACCAUUGCCAGAAGACAGGGUAGGCGCGAUCAAAGUGAUGAUAGCUAUGUUGAAGACGUUGUAUGAUCUGGGGUGGGUAGUGCAGUUUGCGUCUGAUAUUUGGAGAAAGGGGAGUCUUGAUAAAGAUUCCCUGAUAAUGCGCUACACCCACAAUAUACCACCACCACGACCAACCUCGCACUGGCUAGGAGUCUCCUUUGACUCCUCCAACCUGCUCAGCAUCGUCAACGCACCCCCCUCUUUAGGCGCAGCUGUCGCCACCCAUUUCGGCGAUGACAAGGUGAGCAGUCACAAGCCCGCCUUUCCAGGCGAGAAAAGAGAAUACUACGAGAUCAAGUUCCGUGGUCAUCCCUGGCGGCCCUCGGGCACAGAAGCUGUAAAGUCGCGAUUACUCAUUCUGGGGUUGUUGGAGGUGUUGGAGGAGCAUGCGUUUAGGCUUUAUACGGCUAUUGAUCAGGGGGAUUCGGAGGGAAGUGGGAGCGAUACGUGGUAUUGUUGUCGGGAUGAGGACUGGGUUGAGGGGAUGACUGUAUAUUAG